AUGGAAGAGUGGAGCUUACAACUUCCUCUUGAAGAUGGAUUUGAUAUCUCGGAUUACAGGAAAUAUUUGAGUGAAUGGGCAGCUGUACGCCGGACCACAAAGACGAUAAAGCACUUUUCUGAAGCAACAGAGCCGUUAUCAAUACCAGAGUACCCCAAACUUGUACCAUAUCAACCACGAAACGAAUUCAGAAAUUUUGAUGUGUACACGCGGUCGAGAGCUGUGGCAGAGGAGGCUGGGGAUUAUGUUACACGUUGGGAGAGACCGGCGCAGCACGAGUUGACUACAUCCAAUUGA